CGGGGACCUUCUGGCGGACGACACACGUAAUAUGCACAGCUCUUCCAUUCGCUAGCUUUGGGCAGCCCUGCACGGCGCGACCGAGUCUCGCUGUACUAAACAUCCUCGUGGUGUCUCAAGUGUGUCUGAAGUGCUCUAGUCUUUACGAAGACUUGAACAUUUUGUGAUAGCACUCAGCUGAACUGCUCUAGCUGCAGCUAUAAUCCAGUCAGACGAAGUCUUCACGCGCUCGGGGUCAGCGAUAGUGUUCUCUCUUUACUAGCGAUCGAACAUCCUUUCGCGCUGAAUAGCAGCACGCAAAUAUAAAAGGCACAAUGACCACACCUUCUAUCUCUCAUCACUACACUCCUCUAUCAGCAGACUCACAGUAUCAAAUCACCUCGCAGUCCAAUUUUCUCUUCGAGAUAUCAAGCCAGCCCAAUACUUCGUCAGAAUGUCUCUCUCCGCCAACGCUUCCGCUAGUGCCUGGUCAUCCACCGACAAACCCUGGGCACAAGGUGGCGCGACCACUUCCGCGGGCAGCGCACAGGCUGGUGCCAGCAUCGGCGCCUACACGGGCGUCCAAGCCGGUGUCGAGGCUGGUCGCUACGAGCACGAUAACGGCGAGAUGCAUCUUGGACUCGGCGUGGACACCGGUCUUGGGUACAAAGAUGGAAGUCUCGAGAUCAAGUUUCUCGGAACAGGCUUUACGCUGGGCAACAAUACGGGCAUAAGCUUUCUGGGCAGCGGGUUCACGGCGAAGAACAUCUUUGGGUGGAUGAGUUGAGUACUGAGGCAUUCAGGGCAUCUGAUCUUUGGAAAGAGAGCUGUGUAUGUAGGGAGAAUGAGACUAAUAUAACUGUGAUGGGCUAUCUAAAAUGCCUUGGCCAUCUCAUCACUAGACCCAGAUGCCCAAAACUAGCAAAAAGCUCAUAAGUGCAUGUCCACGAC